AUGAAGGAGCAGCUUGCGACGUUCCGAUCACAACUCGAGGAAUUUGCUCGCAAGCAUAAGAGUGACAUCCGUAAAAACCCAGUAUUUAGACAGCAGUUUCAUGAGAUAUCGCAUAAUGGUGGCCUGAUUGAUUUAUUGGAUCUCCGCAAACUGCUUGGUCAGAAGAGAAAGACUACCCUUGAAUCAUUAUCUGAAGAUGAUUGUUUACGUGCUAUAAGCAAGCUAAAAGUCCUUGGCAGUGGUUUUGAAGUAAUUUUUGUUGGGAGGAGGAAGCUUGUGCGUUCAGUUCCUACCGAGUUAAAUAAAGACCACAAUGGGAUACUUGGGCUAGCUCAGGCUGAGGGCUAUGUCACGGUAGAACAAGUCGAAAGGGAAUUCUCAUGGUCUACUGGGCGUGCAAUUGAUGCCCUUGAAACCUUGCUGAAGGAGGGGCUUGCUAUGAUCGACGAUGGGCAUAGAGACGACAAGCAAAGAUAUUGGUUCCCAUGCGUCACUGUCAGCUCCGACACAACAGCUGUUGAAGCCAAGUCAUAA